UGCCCCUCUCCUCGGUCCCCCACACGCUUUCUCGUCUUCCCGUCAUCUCGUGUCCCCUUCCCCUGAACUGACCCCGGAAGACCGCUGACAUGUCCUCCUUCGACGACUAUGACGAGUUUGGCAACUACAUCGGCGGCGACCUCGACUCGGACGACGAGGAUGAGGUUAUGCAAGAGCAGCAGCAGCAGCCAACUGCGGCGGCUCCCGCACCGCUGGAGGGAUACGAACACGACGCGAUGGACCAAGACGACAGCGGCGCAUUGAUGCAGGUUGACGAGCCAACACACAACGCUGUCGUACUUCACGAGGAUAAGCAGUACUACCCCUCCGCCUCUGAUGUAUACGGCCCGGACGUGGAGACGCUAGUGCAGGAGGAAGAUACGCAGCCAUUGACCGAACCCAUCAUCGCCCCCAUUAAAGUGCGCAAAUGGACGGUCGAGGAGAAGGACAUGCCGGAGACGCGGUUUGACAAAGCCUUCCUCCUGAGCCUGACCGCCUUCCCCGAGAUGGUUCGCAAUGUCGCGGUGGUGGGCCACCUCCACCACGGGAAGACCGCGCUCAUGGACAUGCUCGUGUUCGAGACACACAAAAUGACCUGGGAUGCGGACAAACCGACCAGGUACACCGACACCCAUGUUCUUUCCCGGGAUAGAGAAAUUUCGAUCAAGUCUUGCCCCAUGUCGCUUGUGUUGUCUACGACCGCGGGGAAGUCGCAUUUGGUGCACUUGAUUGAUACACCCGGUCAUGUCAAUUUCUUGGACGAAGUCGCGGCUUCUAUGCGCCUGGUGGACGGUGUUGUUCUGCUCGUAGAUGUGGUGGAAGGGCUCAUGGUCUCCGCCGAAAACAUCAUACGUCACGCCAUUCAGGAGGGCAUCAGAAUCACACUCGUCGUCAACAAAGUCGACAGAUUAAUCCUUGAGCUGCGCCUACCACCUGCGGAUGCUUACUACAAGAUCAAGCACACUAUAGAGGAGAUUAACACCUUCAUCAGUGCUAUCGACCCGGACCCCGAACUGCGUCUCAGCCCUGAAAAUGGCAACGUCGCAUUCGCGAGCACUGACAUGGCCUGGUGCUUUACCUUGCGCUCGUUUGCUCAGAUGUACGCCGACACCUAUGGCAAAUUUGACGUGAACGCUUUCGCCGACCGCCUCUGGGGCGAUAUCUACUUCAACAAGGAGGAACGCAAAUUUUCGAAGAAGCAGUCCGACCCCGACCAACAACGCUCCUUCGUGCACUUCGUCCUCGAGCCGCUCUACAAGCUGUACAACUGCGUGCUCACGGAGGAGGGCGAGGAGUUGAAGGCGACGCUUGAGCGCCUGGGGAUCCACUUGAAGCCGGUGAUGUUCAAGAUGGACGCGCGCCCGUUGUUGAAGGUGGUCUUGGAUCAGUUCUUCGGGCCGUCGACGGGGCUUGUGGAUGUAAUUGUCGAGCAUAUACCGAGCCCGGUGACGAAUGCGCGGAACAAGGUCGAGGCUACCUACACUGGUCCUCAGACCUCGCAGCUCGCCGAGUCGAUGAAGGAGUCCGACCCCUCCGGCCCUCUCAUGCUUCAGGUUGCCAAGCUUUACCACACAACCGACGCACAGUCCUUCCGUGCCUUCGCCCGCGUCCUGUCCGGCACCCUUCGCAAGGGCACGCAGGUCAAGGUCCUCGGCGAGGGCUACUCCCCCGAGGACGAGGAGGACAUGAUGAAGGCGGUCGUUGAGGACAUCUGGCUUAGCGAAGCGCGCUACUUCAUCCCCACCGACGAGGUCGGCCCCGGCAACCUCGUCCUCCUUGGCGGCGUCGACGCGUCGAUCUCCAAGUCCGCCACGAUCGCGCCCGCCGACUACGAGGACGACCUGUACACGUUCCGCCCCAUCAAGCACAUGACGCAGAGCGUGCUGAAGAUCGCUAUCGAGCCCAUCGCGCCGAGCGAGUUGCCGAAGAUGCUCGCGGGGCUCAGAAGUGUGAACAAGAGCUACCCGCUGCUGUCGACGAAGGUCGAGGAGAGCGGAGAGCAUGUGAUCAUUGGGACGGGGGAGUUGUAUCUGGACUCAGUGAUGCACGAUUUGCGGCGGUUGUUCUCGGAGAUUGAGAUCAAGGUGUCGGACCCGGUGACGAAGUUCUGCGAGACGGUGCUGGAGACGAGCGCGUUGAAGUGCUAUGCGGAUACACCGAAUAAGAAGAACCGGUUGACGAUGAUCGCGGAGCCGUUGGAGAGGGGGAUUGCGGAGGACAUCGAGCGGGGACGGGUCAACAUGCGUAUGUCGGCGAAGGAGCGCGGCAAGUUCUUCGAGGAGAAGUACCAGUGGGACUUGUUGGCGUCGCGGUCAAUAUGGGCAUUUGGCCCUGAUGAUAACGGUCCGAAUAUCUUGCUUGAUGACACGCUGCCUUCGCAGGUCGACAAGAAGAUGCUUGGUACGGUGAAGGAGCACAUCAAACAGGGAUUCCAGUGGGGUGCGCGAGAAGGACCGCUAUGUGAUGAACCCAUGCGCAACGUGAAGUUCCGCAUAUUGGACGCCAGCUUGGCACCAGAACCCAUCUUCCGCGGUGGUGGUCAGAUUGUCCCAACAGCGCGCCGCGUCUGCUACUCCUCCUUCCUCAUGGCCGCCCCUCGCCUCAUGGAGCCCAUCUAUUUCGUCGAAGUGCAGGCCCCCGCCGACUGCAUCUCCGCCGUCUACACCGUUCUCGCCCGGCGACGUGGCCACGUCACGCAAGACCUCCCCAAAGCCGGAUCCCCCCUCUACACCGUCAAAGCGCUCAUACCUGUCAUCGACGCCAACGGCUUCGAGACCGACCUGCGGACGGCGACGCAGGGACAGGCUUUCUGCUUGCAGAUCUUCGACCACUGGUCAAUCGUGCCCGGCGACCCGACGGACACGAGCAUCAAGUUGCGCCCGCUGGAGCCGGCAUCGGGGCAGGCGCUCGCGCGGGACUUGGUAUUGAAGACGCGGAGGAGAAAGGGUCUGGGCGACCAGAUUGCGGUGUCAAAAUACCUGGACGAUGAGUUUGUGCUGGCGCUGUCGGCGUCGGGGCAUGCGGAUUUGUUGGGUUGAGUGUUUGUAUUGUAGCAUAUCCAGUAAUCUAUUCUAUCUUCUUGUUGAGCCACAGUCCUACAAAGGCGCCAGGAGGGGUACAGUGGUGGGUGCUGGC